GAGCGGCUGAGGGUUCGGGGGCGCCCCUAGUUCCCGCCGCCUCCCGGCUGUUGCCCCGGGUUUGCGGGAGGGAGCCUCCUCCAGGCCCUCCCUCCCAUUGCCCCAAGCCGAUGCGGACUGAGCGGAUCGCCUGGAGGAUUAUCUUACACUGAACCGAUCAAGUACUUUGAAAAUGACUUCGAAACUUCUCUGGGUGUCCUUCAUACUCGCUGCAUUAAUGCUUUCAAUUACAUUUUCUCUCCAACCAGACCAGCCAAAGGUUCUAUUAGUUUCAUUUGAUGGAUUCCGUUGGGAUUACUUAUAUAGAGUUCCAACACCCCAUUUUCAUUACGUUAUGAAACACGGUGUCCGUGUGAAGCAAGUUACUAAUAUUUUUAUUACAAAGACCUACCCUAACCAUUAUACUUUGGUAACUGGCCUCUUUGCCGAGAAUCAUGGUAUUGUGGCAAAUGACAUGUUCGAUCCUAUUCUGAACAAAUCUUUCUCCCUGGAUAACAUGAAUGUUUAUGAUUCUGAGUUUUGGGAAGAAGCAACUCCAAUAUGGAUCACCAAUCAGAGGGCAGGACAUACAAGUGGUGCAGCCAUGUGGCCCGGAACAGAUGUCAAAAUACACAAAAGCUUUCCUACUCACUACAUGCCUUACAAUGAGUCCGUUUCAUUUGAAGAGAGAGUUGCCAAAAUUAUUGAGUGGUUUACAUCGAAAGAGCCCAUCAAUCUUGGUCUUCUCUAUUGGGAAGAACCUGACGACAUGGGCCAUCAUUUGGGACCAGAGAGCCCGCUCAUGGGGCCGGUCAUUUCGGAUAUUGAUCACAAGUUAGGGUAUCUCAUACAAAUGCUGAAAAAGGCAAAGUUAUGGAACAUUCUGAACCUAGUCAUCACAAGUGAUCAUGGAAUGAUGCAGUGUUCUGAGGAAAGGAUCAUAGAGCUUGACCAGUAUCUGGAUAAAGACCACUAUACCCUGAUUGACCAAUCGCCAGUGGCAGCCAUCUUGCCCAAAGAAGGCAAAUUUGCUGAAGUCUAUGAAGCACUGGCUCAUGCUCAUCCUAAUCUGACUGUUUACAAAAAAGAAGAGAUUCCAGAAAGAUGGCACUACAAACACAACAAUCGAAUUCAGCCGAUUCUCGCCGUGGCUGAUGAAGGGUGGAAUAUUUUACGGAAUAAGUCAGAUGACUUCCUGUUAGGCAACCACGGUUAUGAUAAUGCAUUAGCUGGAAUGCAUCCCAUAUUUUUAGCCCACGGUCCUGCCUUCCAAAAGAAUUUCACAAAAGCAGCCAUGAACUCUACCGAUCUGUACCCCCUGCUCUGCCACCUGCUCAAUAUCACGGCCAUGCCACACAACGGAUCACUCAGGAACGUCCAGGAUCUGCUCAGUUCACCAGUUCCAGGAGCAAGUUCUUAUACACAGAGCCCUCCUCUCCUCCAGGGUAGUGUCAAACCAAGAGAAAAUGAACAAGAGGAGUCAUAUGCUUCUUUCCUAGGGGUCUCUCUCGGUAGCAUUAUAGUCAUUGUGUUUUUAGUAAUUUUCAUGAAACAUUUAAUUCGCAGUCAAAUACCUGCCUUACCAGAUUUUCAGGCUGAAAUAUCUCAACCAUUAUUACAAGCCUAAUGCUCCUUUGAUGUGGAGAUUGCAUAGUUAUAUCAGUGUUUAAAGGUUUCAAAUUCUAGGAAACCAGCUUCAGACAUCUGCACAGACCAUUAAGCAGUUAUGUAAAUACACAUGCAGGGGCAGCCACACACACACACGCACACUCAUGCCCAAAUGCACAUGGAACAAAAUACACAUGCCUGCAAAGGAUGACAGAUGGGGAAGUAUGUUUGCAUUGUUCUCUCUGGCUUCUGGUAAAUAAGAUCCUGCUUUAUUUGGACUUGGCACAUACAGUGUAUAUAGUUAGCAACUUUGCACUAUUUGAAGUACCUUACAUAUUGCACUUUCCUAAUGGGUACUCUUAUGUGAGAUGCACUUUAUUGACAAUUAUGUCUUAUAACUCAGUUGAAAAAGACCACUUUUGUACCCAUGUCCCAGAAUACCUGUUACUCCUUAUUCAAAUGGAAUGAAAUUUCUAAUAAUUCCUGAAUAAAGUAGAAAUCUAUCUCCUUAAAGUGGGAGAGCAUGAAGAAACUGAAAACUGUUGAAAAUGAAAUGUGACGACCUUUGAACACUGAAUUUUGGAGAGAUGCAUUCCCAACAGCAGGGUGCAUCUGUGGGCACUCCUUGUCAUUCUUUCCAACGGACAUGGGUUUUCAUUUUAUUUCCCCCCCAAAAAGAGAUCCAAAUACUGACGGAUUCAUUCCAGGCAUGUUUUUUUCCAUCGUGAAAUUCAUUACUGCAUUUCCUGAUUAGUCGUUUUACUCUGAUUUUGAUAAGAAGAUACCAUGAAUAUACAUUUCUACAUUUCUUUCCUCUUGAGUCUAGCACUGGCCUGAGCAGAAGGGAUCAGGCACCAUCUCAGCAAUGUUUUUCUCUUGCUCUGUAAUUACUUGCUUCCUUGAAAAUUAAAUCACUAUUAAUUGCUUUGCAAAUCAGAUUAGAUAAAGCAGUGUUUUCUUUCUGGUAACCUGUAGUGACAGAGCACAAAUGUCUUUUAGAUUUCAGCAUUUGAAGGUCCAGAAUUGGAAGAGAGCACAAACUACAUAAGGGAAAAUGUAGACCAUGCAAUCCUUGAAAAGAACUGUGGAGCUUGGGGGAAAAAAAAUCAGACGGCAACUUGGGGGGAAAGAAAUUAUGCAGAACCGUUGUGGUUCACAUUGUACCCAGGACAAUGCUAAAAGGCGCCUGGUGGCAAAAAAUAGUGAAAUGACUCCUAGAGGUAACAGGUUUUGAAACAAGAGGAACUGCGAUUAUAGCCUUGUUUCCUGAAAUAUUUGAGUAUUCCAUUCACCAAAUUCAGCCAAUGCUCAGCAGAAUCAAAGGUGAAUCCAGGUUCAUAAAGAGACUUCACCUGCUGGGUAGGGUUUUUCAUUCACAAACAGACUUUACUUCCUGGGUAGUUUUUUCACUUGCCUGGUCAUCUCAGCUCUUCAUUCCCACCAUGGAAAGCUGUGCUUUAGGUCUCUUAAGUAGUCUGGUUAGGGAGAGGGUAGUAUUACCUAUGGUUUCUUAGGGGAAAGAGAAAGCCCCCAAAAAGAAUAGCUUUCCUUGAAGAAAACAGAAACCAAUUUAUAGACACGUGGCCUGUAGAUAAUAAAUGUGAUUCUGGGGGCUUCCUAGGUGGCGCAGUGGCCUGCCAAUGCAGGGGACAUGGGUUCGAUCCCUGCCCCAGGAAGAUCCCACAUGCUGUGGAGCAACUAAGCCCGUGUGCCACAACUGUUGAGCCCAUGUGCCAUAACUACUGAAGCCCACGUGCCUAGAGCCCAUGCUCUGCAACAAGAGAAGCCAUGGCAAUGAGGAGCCCACGCACCACAAUGAAGAGUAGCCCCUGCUCACCAAAACUAAAGAAAGCCUACGCACAGCAAAAAAAAAGACCCAACACAGCCAAUAAAAUUAAUUAAUUAAUUAAAAUGUGAUUCUGUGUAUAUUUAUGCACCAACUGGCUAAGUAGGUAAAAUGGUAAAUGUAUUCCAGAAAGAAAGGAUAAACUAGACGUAAAGAACAAAAGUGGCAUAGUGAAAAAUAUAGUUGAAGUGCUUCCUAAAAUCAGGUGAAUGAAUUAUUUUUAAAUGAUGAUACCGAUGAAGAAUGUUAGCACCUGAUUUUCAUGUCAUUAUACAAGCUCUCAAUGGGAUAGAAUGGAAUCAUUGGAAAUGUACUACAGAUUGAAAAGCUGAGAAGUGAGAUGGUAGACAGCAGACUCCUCAAGAGGUCUGAACUCUGGAUUAGGCACUUUAGAAUAUGGUACCACUCAUGCUGGCUUGCUUUGUAGUGAAGAAUUUAUCUGCGUUAUGGAGAUGCCAAUCUAAUGACUAAAAGAUGAAAUUGGUCUAUUUAAAAGCAUUACUACUCAAGUGCUAUCUGUGUAUUUAAACUAAUUGUUGCAUUAAAUUCAUUUAAGAGGGUGCUAUUACCUUAGUAGUGAGAGUAAAUUCUGUAACACUGAUGAAAUCAUUAAAAUCCUGACAUGGAGAUUUGAUUAUUGAAUGGUUUCUUUUAUUUACAGAUACUUAUUUUCCUGUAAAAUAUCAGCAGGAGAGUAUACCUGAAGGAAAAUAAAAUUUUAAACUUUGCUGGGAAAAUCUAGCCACUCAUCAUUUUUUGAUAGUUUUGUUGUUUUGGUUUUACCUGCAUGUCUCUGUGGUCAAACUUUGCACGCAGUCAACACAAAUUAGCACGUAGAAAUAAAAUGUAGACCAGCUAGUCUUCCUAGCUCUAAGUAAGAACUUUAAAAAAGGUCAGAGGGAUGGACUUCCCCCCUCACAACCCUGACAUAUUUGCUCUACAUCAUCUAUCAGCUAUUUUGAAGUUUAUUGAUAGGAUUUUUCUUCUUCAGUGUAUAUUUUGCAAUUUCUUCUCCUUUUGCCACCUGCCAUUUAAACUGAAAAUUGCUUUUCAAAAUGCUUUCUGUCCUCUUAAAUUAGGAUCGAUUCCAUUAUUAGUUUCAGUUUCUUACAAGAACCUGUUUCUUGAACAUCUGUAGGGUUUUUUUUAUGCUGUUUUUAUCAGGUUUGAUAUCAAUGUUAUAGUCACCUCAAAAACUCAUGCAUUUUUUUUUUACAGCACUAGUUUUACAAAGCAAAUAUAACAUGGAUAAUCAAACCCAACAAAGAGGCACUGAAAGAGAUUAUUAUUUUGGGGAAAAAAAGAUUAUUAUCUUUUUUGUAGAAUAGUUUGUAACUUUCCCAAUCUUUAAUAAAGAGAUUGGUUUCAGUUUUCUCUAUUGGUAUCAAUUUUAUUCAAUAAAUCUGGCAUCCACACUUCAGGAAGCACAGGACCUGGGAAAUGGUUCUGGAUCCAAGGAUCGCAGUCCAAGUUAAACCAUGAGUAGGCAAAAGUAAUUUGUUGGUAUAAAGUUUUACCACUUUUGAAAUGCUACAGAACUCUCUUACAAAGUAAAGUGCCUUUUGUUUUGUUUUGUUUUCCCACAAUUCCUAGCAGUAUUCAAUGAAUGUCAAAAUAGGAAAUUAAUCACUGCUCUAUUAGAGGAAACUUUGUUGAAUCUAUAUUAGAAAAGUCAUUAAAUACUCUAGCUAUGUUCAAAACUAAGUUUAAAUACUGUAAUCCCACCCUCACCCCUAGUGUUUUGUAAUCAGCGUUUUCAAACUUCUUCCUUUCUACUGUAAGCCAAUAAAUUAUAGUUCUAGAAACUCUGCAAAAUUUAUCUCGGCUUUCUUUCCAAUGAUAUCCUUGUGUUGCAUUGCAUAUUUAUACUGCUUUAAAUAUCUGGUUAAAUGUUACACGCUUAAUCCUG